UCGAAAGAAAUGGACAACAUAUAUGAGCAACGCCAAAAAGAAAGUGGCACACAAUAGACGAGAGGCAAGAAAGACAGGCGGAGGUCCUCCCCCAGAAGACAUUUCCUCCAUGGAAGAUCAGGUAGUAGGAAUUAUUGGAGACACGCCUAUAGAUGGAAUAGACGGAGGAGUAGAUACAGCCUCUUUUAAAGAAACGUCGACGGAUUUGUCGAUGCCGUCAUGUUCAUCUUCAAGAAGGAGCUCCUACUCUUCAGCAGAUGAAUCAGAACCAUCAAUCAGCAGUGCUAGUAAUAGAACUACGCCAACCAGAAAUAUUACCACCACUGCUUCGACCAUGGACGAUAGUGAUUCUCAGCAGCUGAUUCAAAUUGAGAGAGGAAGGUUGAAUAUUGAAAAGGAAAGACUGCAGGUAGAAAAGGAUACACUGAAAUUGAAAGAAGAAAAGAUGAGGCUGCUGAAGGAGAGACUUACCGUUGAAAAGGAAAGACUUCGCGUAGAAAAAGAUAAGCUAUAUGUUGACCGCCAACGCCUUCAGCUGGAACAGGCCAAAGAACAGUUGCGUUUGGCCCAACUUGGUAUCAGUUUGCAUAUUCCAGAAAACUCAGAUCGAGCCAGUGAUCACGAGUGA